UGGGCCGCUCUAGCCAGCGCGGGGAGCGGUGAGACGUCGUGGCUCGCCUUCUAGGCUGCGGGAGGCCCCGGAGAGCGCCUCGCUGGUCGCGCGGUCGGCCAUGGAGACCUUGCGCAAAGCGCUGAUCGUGGGUGCCCUUCUGGGCGCCGGGGCUGGCGUGGGCUCCGCGCUCUUUGUCCUCGUGGCUCCGGGAGAGCAGCGGAAGCAGGCGAUGCUGAAGGAGAUGCCCGAGCAAGACCCGCGGCGCAGGGAGGAGGCGGUCAGGACCAAAGAGUUAGUGCUAGCCACUCUGCAGGAGGCAGCGGCCACGCAAGAGAACGUGGCCUGGAGGAAGAACUGGAUGGGCGGCGGCGGCGGGAAGUCAGCGUGAGCUGGGACUUCCAUCGUGGGCACUGGGACCUUGCUCCCGCGCAAGAGUCGGAGGCGGCCUUUCUCCUCCGUACGCCCAGCGGGGAGACCCGAUCGAGGAUGCCGCGCCCAGGCCUCCCUGAGGCCCUGGGAGCCGCUGCAGGGUGAGCACGUCCCCUAUCAAAAGAUGCACUGACUGCACUUUAACAUCCUACGUCGCGGGCGGGGGCGUCGGAUAUGGUGAACCCGAAGGAACCAAUAAAUCACGUUCCGCCAUCCAGUCUGUGAGCCCUGCAGUCUGGCGCCUCUAAACGUCUAGAGUGUUCUGGGGGGCCCGUGCUGGGGAAGCGGAUGACUGUGGCUCCCAUGUGCCCCGCAGCGACCAAAACACAAUGUCAUGUGGUUGUUCAAGCGUACUUUUGAUAACCAAGUGACAUUCUUGAAAUCAGAACUAAUGCUGGAAAAUCCUGUAGCAAUUGGUGCCCGUGGAGGACACUUUGGGUUUCCUGUCCUGUGAGGUUGGAGAGGGGCUUCUAGCAUUUAACAUACACUAUGAUGCUUUCUGGGGCUAUUGAACCUUUGGAGGUCAAUUUGCUAGGAGUGAAAGGAGCAUGCGUUCAGUAAGACAGAUCUUGAUGAAAGUCCUGCAUGUUACAAAACCUCUUGGAGCCUCAGUCCUGUUACAUAAAAGGUGGUAAUUAUCUUGAGGGUUGUUGGGAAAAAAUUAACUUAGAAAUGUAAAGUGCAGUGCUUGGCACAGAGCAGCCUUUGAUAUAGGUAGUGGGGUUUUUCCCCUUCCAGGUUUUCACUGUAGUAGUCUGUAAUCCCCGAAUCCAGUCAUGGGAUCUCUUGGGAAUCUCUGAAGGAGCGAGAUAAUUUCCCUGUGGUCUGCCUCACAUCCGGUGGUUCCAAAGAAGAUAGCAAUUGAAGGGGAGGGGGGAAAGCUUGCUUUUAUUUAUUAUUUAUGAGAGUGUGUUAUUUAUUUUUGAGAGAGAAAGAUACGGAGUGCAAGCGGGGGAAGGGCAGAGAGAGAGGGAGACACAGAAUCCAAAGCAGGCUCCAGGCUCCGAGCUGACGGCACAGAGCCCAAUGCAGGGAUCAAACCCACGAACUGUGAGAUCAUGACCGGAGCCGAAGUCAGACACUUAACCAACUGAGUCACCCAGGCUUCCUCAAGAGAGAGAGAAUCGUAAGCAGCUUCCACGCUCAGCAUGAAGCCCCACACAGGUUUCAAGCCCAAGAACCUGGGAUCAUGACCUGAG